AAUAAACACAAAUACACGUGUUGAGAAGAAGAGGAGUUAUGAAACGCGCAUUAUAACCAGCCUGUGCAGGACUCUAAAAGGGUUAUGAUGGCCCUUUUUUCAAUACAAAGGUUUAUGGGUGAUGAAGAAGAAGAGGAGGUUGAAGAAAAGAAUUCAACAAAAGCAUCUCACAUUUUAAAGAAGCUUAGGGAUGAAGCUUUAGCUCGGAAACAAAAAAGACUCGGUGACCAACAGUUAUCCACAGAUGUAGAAAAAGAUGAAAAAACAUUGGAGAUCUCUUCUCCAAGUCCAAGCCCUAAAAGACAAAAACAUAUUAAAAAGAAGGAAAAACAUUUGAUCAAGUCAACCAAAGAUGCAGUUUCUCAGCAAUUGGUACAGAAUGACAAAGAUAUGUUUACUGAUGAGUCUGCUGGGUACAAGAGUAAAAAAAGGAAAAUAUCUGAAACAUUUAAGGGCAGUGAAGAGUAUGUUAGUGAUGUGUCUAAUGCUGAGAGACACACUACAUGUUCAGUAGAUAUUUCAAAAAAAAAUUACAGAAAAAGGGGGCAGAAACAUACCCAACAACAUGUUAGGCAGUCAGUAGGUAUGGAUGAUGAUUCUACUGAAUUGAUAAACAAUGAAAAAUCAACAGAAGAUUCUUUGACUGAAAUAACAGACGACCAGGAGCAAACUGUGGAUGAUUCUCUGGCUAAUUUAGCUGAUGAUGAAGAUGAUGAUGAUAUGGAAGAGGAAAAUGAUUUCAAGCAGGAUGGUCCUCAUGAAGUUGGUGGAUUUACAGUUUUGGGAGAUUAUAAAAAGAAGCAAGUUGAAAAGGUGAAGCGUAUUCUACCAGACUGGCUGGCUCAGCCCAGCGUGAUAGGAGCUGAUCUGAAGACUGGACAAGUUCCUGUAUCGGCUGUAACUGAAUUACAUCCUGUGUUACUAGAAAACCUCACCAAGAAUGGCAUUACUCAUUUCUUUCCAGUCCAGUCUCAGGUUAUUCCUGUCCUGCUUGAUACGAUCAGACACGGCAUUAGAGUGGGACGAGGAGGCUACCAGCCCAGUGACAUCUGUGUGUCAGCAUCGACAGGAAGCGGCAAAACACUGGCCUUUGUCCUGCCUAUAAUACAGGCACUGAAGGACUGUGUUGUACGUAAGAUACGUGCUGUUGCUGUGCUGCCUGUACGAGAUCUUGCUAGCCAGGUGUACAGAGUGUUUCAAACUUACUGUGAGGGCACAAACAUUAAGGUUGGUCUGCUUGUGGGUCAGAAGACAUUUGAGGUAGAACAAGGCUUGCUGGUUAAGAAAAGACAACUUGGGUACCAGAGCCUGGUUGAUAUUAUUGUGACAACUCCUGGACGCCUUGUUGACCACAUCAAUAAAACAGAGGGGAUGGAUCUUACUCACCUUAGAUUUCUGGUAAUUGAUGAAGCUGACCGAAUGAUAGGCGAUAUCAAGCAGGAUUGGCUGCAGACACUUGAGAAUGCUGUAUUCCAGUCAAAUUGUACUGCAUGGGGGAGAUGUUCUAGAGAGAGGCCAGGGACAAUAACUGUGGCCAGUUCACAAAAGAAUCAAAUACCAUUGCAGAAGUUGCUCUUUUCUGCCACUUUGUCCCAGAAUCCUGAGAAAUUACAGCAGCUGAAUCUCUUUCAACCCAAAUUAUUCACUUCCGUUGUCAAGGCUACCAAACAAGAUCAAGAGAGUGCAGAAAAUGUUAUAUCAGACACAUCCAAAGAUACUAAAGGAACAGAAAUAUCUGGAGAUUUUGUUGGGAAAUACACCACACCAGCGGGAUUGACGGAAUUUUUCAUUGAGAGCAGUAAAGCUGAAAAACCAUUGGUAAUUCUACACUUUCUGCACUCUCUCAAAUUCCGACAAGUGCUGUGUUUUACAAACUCUGUUGAGACCACACACAGGCUGUACCUCCUGAUCAAGUUGGUUGGUGGUAUAAAUGUGCGAGAGUUUUCAUCUGGUCUCCAUGCCAUCAGAAGGAACAAGAUCCUUCGCAAGUUUUCUGCUGGUCAAGUGGACAUAUUGAUCUGUUCAGAUGCAAUGGCUAGAGGAAUGGACAUAGAUAAUAUUAAAUAUGUCAUCUCCUAUGAUGGUCCGCCCUUCAUCAAAACCUACAUUCAUCGAGUUGGGCGGACUGCCCGGGCAGGGAAAACAGGAACAUCAUUUACUCUCUUGGAACAAAAAGAGAUUUUCCACUUUAAAAAGAUGCUGAAGGAAGCGGGCAAAAUAGGAGUGAAAGAGAUGAAACUUGCCAGACGUGUGUUGAAAUCACAUAUUCCUGUCUACCAGGAGGCACUGCAGCAGCUGCCAGAAGUCAUCAAGAUUGAAAAAACAAAGACAAAGCGAUGACGAUUGACAUACAAUAAUUUAUUGUACAUAGACAUGAUAUCAAUAAAAAAAUAUAUUUACA